GAAGAAGAACGUUAAACAAAACACUGAUAAAAAUUCCUCUCUUCUGCCAUCAAUCUUCGCCAGUUAUUUGUUAAAUUUUGCAUUCACCGACAAUGGAAACCUACGAAAGUGUACUGUUAAUCAAAAGUGAAGCAUUCGUUUUCAAAAUUCCACCCAGAGCGAGCAAUAGAGGAUACAGGGCCUCCGACUGGAAUUUACAGGAGCCUCAAUGGGUCGGACGAAUGAGACUCGUUGCCAAAGGCAAAGACUGCAUAUUGAAAUUAGAAGAUAAGAUGUCAGGUGAACUUUUCGCUCAAUGUCCCAUUGAUGUCUACCCCGGCCCAGCUGUCGAAGCUGUUGCUGACUCGUCCAGAUACUUUGUCUUGCGAAUUCAAGAUGAUAAUGGUCGGAUGGCAAACAUUGGUCUAGGAUUUGCAGACAGAUCUGACAGUUUUGAUUUGAAUGUAGCACUACAGGAUCAUUUUAAGUGGCUGAAGAAAACUCAAGAAAUAGAGCAAGAAAAAGAAGCGCCAAAACCAGAGCUAGACCUACGUUUCAAGGAAGGCGAAACCAUUAAGAUUAACAUGAAAAUCACUAAAAAAGACGGAAGCGAAGUAAAUAGUAAACCUAAGAAUCGGCCAACAUCAUCAGGUGGGCUACUGCCACCCCCGCCAGGCGGAGUAAAAAUCAACCCUCCCUCUCAGAAUUCCUCUCCCUCUCAUCAUGCAAACCCAAGCAGUGCAGCUGGCUGGGGUGACUUUGCCAGCGCCUCCAAUCCAAGUUCAACAUCCAAUCAGCCCUCAAGCACAGCAACUACUCCCAGCAAUCCUAAUUGGGUACAAUUUUAAUCUUCUUUGAUCUUGAAUCAUCGACUCUAUCUCAUUACUAGGUAAUAGUUAAGUUGAUCAGCUCAAGCACACAGAUUUGUCUUGUUUGAUGUAGAGUUUAAUGGAAAUAUCAGAGGUAUUUAUGAUGAAAAAGCAAUUCAAUAAUCUAACGCUAAUAGCAGAUUAAAAAAUAUCAUCUCUUGGGCAUUUUUUCCUCCUUUUUUAAACAAUGGCAAGUCCCUACCAAGUAUUUCUUUCAAAUUUAUUUUUUCUUUUUAAUAUUUAUUAUAGGUUAUUCUUAGAUGAGUCUUCUUGAUAACAACUUUAGAAACUUGUAGAGAGUAGCCAAUAAGUUUGUUUUUCUUCUUCUUUUUAUACACUUCAAAUUCUUUGUUUUUCAUCAUAGGCAAAUCUAACAUCUAUUUACAGUUGUGCCUCCUUGCUACACUAUCUAUUAUCAAUGAAAUACAUAUCUGCCUCAAUCAGAAUUUGUACCAAUUUCCUAUGUUUGUGUCUCUACAUUGACCUGUCUGUGUGCUUUUGCUGAGAAUAAGGAUGAAAUAUGUAUAAUUUGCAAGUCUCUAUAUAGUAAUAUUUACAUAAUUUGUUUAUUUGGAAGUGUAACAGUAUAAUCAGCAAUUAUUCAAAGGCGCAAGUGUACUUGUGAAACAGUCACCUAGGAAACCCUGCCCAGCUCUGUAUAGCAUUUAAUCUCUGUGCUGCUCAUACAUCAUUUCUCAUUUUUGGUGAAUUUCCAAGUUCAUAUCAAAUCUCAGCUGCAGUCAGUAUUUUUGUUGCUUUAGAUGUUUCCGCACCGAAAUCUGCCAAACAUCAAUUUAUCAGCGGUUUUUGUUGAAAUUAUUCUUGUCUGUUUGUAUGGGAUCUGUAAAGCAUGUUUCAUCAAAUUAUUUUGUUAUUUUUUCUCAGAUUUUGUUUUCUAAAAUGUAAAAUAUUUAGAUGGUGAACCGUUCAGCGAAAAUUAUGGUUUGAUCUCCUUCUAAAACUUUAAACUCUACAGUUGCAGAAAUUUGAUUAUUAGAUUUUGUUUGUCUCUCUAUUUCUGUUUUUAUUAUUUUUUUGUUCUUUUGCUUCCCUUUCUUUUAAAUUUUGAAAAAGGGAGACCUAAAAUUGUACAACCAACAACACAUAUGUAAUAUUCAAGCAAUUUCCGAUCAUUGCAUGCUUGAUCUGUUUAUUAUUCACUUAAAAAAAAGAAAAAGUUUUGUUAAAUUUAAAAAUUAGCAUCAAAGAAUCAAUUUCUAUCUUUAUUUUUUCAGAAAUUAUCACUGUUCAACGUGUGGAUCAUAAUAUUUUUUGUGUGGAUUCAUCUUUUGCAUUUAUUGUUUAAAUUUAACUUGCUGAUGGGUAUCAAUGCUCAUUUUACGUCUAUUUCGUGCCUACAGAGUUAAAAAUGUUAGCAAAACUGAAUGAUCCUUCGUUAUGUUUUCUUCUAGGCUGAGUUGAAGUUGUUAAUGUUAAAGAUUCUAAGAUUAAUGCACAGAGAUUAUUCUUUGUUAUAUUUUUGUUAUAUCAUUGUACAUUGAUAUUAGUUAAUUACAUAUAUGAAAUGCAGAGAGGAAAAGUUUAGCGAAAAAUUCCCAACCUGUAUUUUGAGUUGCAGCAAUCAGUUGGUAGUCAACACCCACAAACUAUGUACUUUCUCUGAGGUGGCUCAGCAAAAUAUCUUAUUUGUUAAUCCAGCUGAAACUUACAGGAAUACAGCUAAUUCUCCAACUUGUAUGAAAAUCUACAUCCUUUUGUCAGGCAAAAAUUGGCAGUUACGUCUAAACUUUUUUUCUCGGUAAAAUUGUUAUAAUACAAUAUUUUUGAUUUAAAAGUCUGUAGCAUUUUAAAAUCGUGGCGAAAUGCUAAUAUUGUUUUACUCUGUUUCUGAGUGUUCCUGGGGGAGCGGAAUCUGCUUUAUCUAGCUUGACCUUUUCAAAAUUGAAAAAUUAAAUUAGAGAGGAAAAAAAAAAAAAACAUAUCUUGUGAAAAAUCACAAGUAUGCGAAAUUUGAGAAAAUCAUUCCUUGUAGAAGUUUUAGAAUCGCCUUAAUUUAAAGUCUAUCUACUAAAAAGACUAAAAGACAUGGGUAUCAUCACGGUAUCGUAAUGGAGAAAUGCCAGAAUAAAAUUCCCACACAAUAAAAAGGAAUCGAGAUACCUCAGAAUUUUUUCUCUAGGGAGAGUUUUUAUGUCUGCGCAUCAAAAGAUUUUGGAAAUUUUUAAAUUUUGAAUCAUAGUAACAGGGCUUUUUCUAGAUAUUUUUAAUGAUAGCGGAUUUGAAAAGCCAGGGUAAUUGUUCAGGCAUACAAACUCUGGAAAUGCUGAAUUUGAAUAAUAAGGUCAUAAAUACAGUAAAGACUCAUUAAAGUUAAGUAUGCAUUUUUAGCUCAGACUGCUUAGAGCAAAGUCUCUCUGUCUCUUCGCAAAGGAUACUUGUUUUGAAGAGGAAAAAACUGAAUUUCUGUAAUCACGACCCAAAUUAGGCCAGGAUUUUGCCUCUUGAAUUAACAAAGAGCAGCAGAUUUCUCCUCCCUCUUCCCCAAGUGAUGUAUUAUUUAGUGUGUAUUUUAACGAAUUAAAUGUAGUUUUAAGUCAACUUGUAAAAGUAUAAAUUUUAUUUAGGCUCAGUUAUCUCUUCAGUUCAAGAAAUGUAAGAUCAUUGUUGAUACGUUCAGUAUUAUUUCCUCUCCCUUCUGCAGAAAUUUUUGCUUUUCAUUUUAGAUGGACCGAGGGAAUUCUUCAUCACCAAUGUGCCAAUACUGUUUCUUAAUAAUAGCUUCUUUAAAUUUCUGCUGGAAGAGGAUCCUUUUGUGGAAAAUCAGUUAACAUAAUCGACUGCAUUCCCGCAAGUUUAAUGUUUUUACCAUGUAUUUCAUUACAGACCUCUUUCAGCCCCAAAGAUUUGUUAGUUCACACAAGAUUUCAUGUUGCCGACUUAACACUAGUUUUUAUAUCAUCUUCAAGCAGAGGAGCAAAAGUUAUUUUUCUUGUUGUUAGGCUCUUACAUCUCUUAAAGUUGUUCCGAACCUCAAAGCACCUAUGGAAAUGUAGCUUAAAAUAUAUUUUUAUGAUCCUCUGAAAAUCUUUAAGUAUUGAGGAAGUGAUAAGAGUCCCCUCGCUCAGUAUCAUCAUUACUUUGAUCUUUUUAUUUCUGUUUUGUUGUAUGCCAAUAAUAUUCUGCAUUAUCUUUAUUAUAUCACUCACAUUCCACUAGAUUACAGUUGUAUAAUACUUUGUAGAAAAUAUUAAAUCUACACUAGCAAUCAUUGAACUAAAAA